GCCCCCGUGGUUCCUAGGGCUGGGAAGGCGGGUACCCGGAGAUCGUCAAGGAGAACAAGCUGUUCGAGCACUACUACCAGGAGCUCAAGAUCGUGCCCGAGGGCGAAUGGGACCAGUUCAUGGGGGCGCUCCGGGAGCCCCUCCCGGCCACCCUGAGGAUCACUGGCUACAAGAGCCACGCGAAGGAGAUUCUGCACUGUUUAAAGAACAAGUACUUCAAGGAGCUGGAGGACCUGGAGGUGGACGGGCAGAAGGUGGACGUGCCGCAGCCCCUGAGCUGGUAUCCGGAAGAGCUGGCCUGGCACACAAACUUGAGCCGAAAAAUCCUGCGCAAGUCCCCGCAGCUGGAGAAGUUCCACCAGUUUCUGGUCAGCGAGACCGAGUCUGGGAACAUCAGCCGCCAGGAGGCCGUCAGCAUGAUCCCGCCGCUGCUGCUCAGCGCCCGCCCCCAGCACAAGAGGCCAGGUGGCUGCGGGGACAUCUGCCGCAGGGCAGGGGCCCUGGACUCCUGGGCCUCCCGAGUCCACGCCCAGCUCAGCCGGCCGCAGUGUGUCUGA